AUGGUGUCCGGUGUGACACGGCUGGCGCUGCCGCCUGGGCUCGACUUGGCACGCUUUCUCAACCACUCCAGUAACACCAUUGCAAAACUCAGCUCCUGUUACUCGCGCACGAGACCGCUUCAUAGACCACUGCUACACGAUAGACUGCUUCCUGAAUUUCGACUCAUCCCACUCAGAGCUCGACUUCAGGACCGCGCCGCCUUUUCGACCCGAUCGAACGAGGCUCGAGCAUGGGCGUCGGCACCAAGACCAUGCCGCACGACAUCACAUGCCCGGCUAUUUUCCGCCAGCUCGUUCGCGCUCCAGAAAGCGCCUUCAUCGGAUUCUGACUCGAAAGCAAUUGGUGCCAACGACUCUGCGGUUGCUGAGGCUCGAGCCGAUUCCCGCGAUGGAAUCGAGGAUCGAGAAUUUGAAAAAAGCGACAAGGCUGCUCAAGCUGCGCAAGUCAACCUGUCCGCGAGACUUUCCAAGGAAGGCAAGCCUCAGAGUAAAGCUGGCUUCGGAGAGAUAUGGAGGCUGAUCAAAGUUGCUCGACCUGAGCUCCGAUGGUUGGCGGUCGCAUUCUGCUUCCUGAUUCUCUCUUCCAGCGUCACCAUGUUGAUCCCCUUUUCCGUCGGCCGCAUUCUGGAUCUUGCCACCAAGGGCGACGUCCAAGAUAUCCGUCUAUUUGGCCUAGCACUGAACCAGUUCUUCUUCGGGCUUGGCGCCGUCUUAACAAUCGGCGCCAUGGCAACCUUUGGCAGGGUCGUUUUACUACGCAUCAUUGGUGAGCGCGUUGUCGCGAGGCUAAGGUCUCAGCUAUACAGACGCACCUAUGUUCAGGAUGCCGAGUUCUUCGAUGCGAACCGAGUGGGGGACCUCAUCUCGCGUCUCAGCUCUGACACUGUGAUUGUCGGCAAGUCAGUAACCCAAAAUCUAAGCGAUGGCCUGCGGUCGCUCUUCAGUGGUGGUGCCGGCUUUGCCAUCAUGGUAUGGACAAGCCCCAAGUUGACUGGGCUGCUUCUUCUCAUGUUUCCACCGAUUGCUGUCGGUGCUGUGCUGUACGGCCGCGCAAUUCGGAACAUCAGCAGGUCAAUCCAAAAGAACCUGGGCACACUAACCAAGAUUGCCGAGGAACGCUUGGGUAACGUCAAAACCAGCCAAGCAUUUGUCGGCGAAGUGCAAGAAAUCGGGCGCUACAACAGGCAGAUUCGACGUAUUUUUGCCCUCGGGAAGCGCGAAUCUUUUAUCGCUGCAACCUUCUUUGCCUCGACUGGCUGGGCUGGCAACAUGACCAUCCUUGCCAUGCUCAUUGUCGGCGGUAGCUUUGUUCGUUCGGGCGCAAUGACUCUCGGCGACCUGACUUCCUUUAUGAUGUACACAGCCUUUGCCGGCUCCAGCCUUUUCGGAUUAUCGGGCUUUUAUUCCGAGCUUAUGAAGGGGGUGGGAGCUGCUAGCAGACUCUUUGAACUUCAGGACCGUCGUCCAGGCAUCCCUCAGACGGUUGGCAUCCACGUGAAAUCCGCGCAGGGACCAAUCAGGUUCGACAACGUGAGCUUCGCCUAUCCGACUCGGCCGGCCGUAAACAUCUUCAAUGGUCUGAACUUUGAGAUACCGUCCGGAAGCAACGUCUGCGUCGUUGGGCCAUCCGGGGGAGGAAAGUCCACCGUCGCCUCACUACUGCUCCGGUUCUACAACCCAAGCUCGGGUUCAAUCACCAUCAACGGAGUGGACGUGUCGACAAUGAAUGUCAAGUCUCUGAGACGACGCAUAGGCAUGGUAUCUCAAGAGCCAGUCCUGUUUUCCGGCACGAUUGCGGAGAACAUUUCCUACGGGAAGCCCCGCGCCACACGAGCCGAGAUUAUUGCCGCAGCGCGAAGGGCCAAUUGCAACUUCGUCAGCGACCUGCCGGACGGGCUUGAGACCCAAGUCGGAGCCAGGGGCUCGCAACUAUCUGGCGGGCAAAAGCAGCGCAUUGCAAUCGCACGUGCGCUCUUGAAGGACCCCGACAUCCUUAUCCUGGACGAGGCCACGUCCGCCUUGGACGCGGAAUCCGAGACCUUGGUGAACGAGGCUUUGGCUGGACUGCUGCGGGGACGCAAUACGACUAUUUCCAUUGCACAUAGACUAUCAACCAUCAAGCGAUCCGACCAGAUCAUCGUUCUCAACAACGAAGGGAGGGUAGCUGAAAUUGGAAGUUACCCCCAGCUAGCCGCCGACAAGGACAGCGCUUUCAGCAAGCUGAUGGAGUGGCAGAUGAGUGGUGGAGAGAUUCCUGAGAAGCGACAGUCUGAAUUUGGGCCGCACGUGGCCGAAUCAGAAGAGAUGGAAGACGACUUUGCAGGAGAGGAGCAUAUGCAGGAAGAGCAGAUGGAGAAGAGCAAGUAG